UGAGAUUCGACAAUGGAUUCAAAGCAUUUGCUUAUUACAGACCGCAAAAAAAUUCGUGAGGCGUGGGGUAAAAGUGAUGAAGAUGUGGUGCAAGAUAUUAAAAUUAUUAGAGAUUGGUUAGGUACACAGAAGCAUCUUCCUGAAAUUCCAAGUGAUGCUAUGAUCGAGUUUUUUCUGACAAAUUGUAAAUACAGUAUUGAGAAAACGAAGCAAAAUUUAGAUAUGUACUAUACUGCCAGAGACUUGGUACCUGAAAUAUACCGCAAUAUCAAUCCAACUAUACCGUCUCAAGUAGAAUCAGCUUACGCAACAGCAUGCAUGGUUAUACUCCCAAAUUUAACUCCAAAACUACACAGAGUCUCAAUUAUUCGAUUUAGGAAUGAUAUGCUCCAAAAAGCAGACAUUAACAAAUUUAAUGCUAAUUCACUAUCAAAUUUUUAUGAAGUUCGAAUCCACGAAGAUUUAACAAUGGGUGAUGUGACUAUCAUCGAUUACGAACACUGCUCGUUUAGUGUUAUGGCUAAACUAUCACUAGUAGCCAUGAAACAAUGUGUUUUUGUUUUUGAGAAAGUACAAAGCAGCAGACUUAAACAAUUACACCUACUUAAUCCUCCUGCUUUUAUAGAUAAAAUUCUUACACUUUUAAAAAGCUUUAUGAAAAGUAAAAUAAAAGAAAGGAUCUAUAUUCAUAAAUCAAUAGAAGGCGUUUAUCCUUUUGUACCCAAAGACACGCUACCAUCAGAUUAUGGUGGAAAAGAAAGAUCUAUGGCAGAAUUAGAAGAUAUAUGGAAAAAGAAAUUUUUGGAGUACAAAGACCGGUUUGAUUACUUAGACAAAAUAACAGUAAAUGAAGCUUUGAGACCAGAAAAACUUAAAAAUGAUGAAUUGCUGGGUUACUACGGACAUUUUAAAAAGAUUCAAAUUGAUUAG